AUGGCUAAUAUUACGCUGUGCGACGACGCCAGCUUUGGCCCUGCUAUCCAGGGCUGCAGGGGCGACUUCGACUUCACCUUGCUUUUUGAGCAAACCAUCUUAUCCAUCCUCCCGUCGUCUCUCCUUGUAGUACUCGGUGUUGCUCGUCUUCGCACUCUUCUAUCCCACCGGAAGAGGGAAGUUUUGGGCACAAAGUUCCAGCGCUUCAAAUUGGUCGGCAUUGUCUGCUAUGGGAUUGUGCAGACUGCCCUAUUGGCCUUGUGGGCCCAGUCUAGUAGCCACCAGACACGAGUGAGCCUGGCUUCUGCAGUUCUCUCGCUUGUCGCCGUCUUCCCUUUGGCAGCGCUGUCGUGGGCUGAGCACGCCUAUUCGCCACGCCCAUCCGCUUUGCUGAAUGUCUAUCUUUUGCUUUCAGUGCUGUUCGAUGCGGCGCAGACUCGCACCUUGUGGCUGAAGGGCUCCGACUCCACCAUCGCGGCACUCUUCACAACCUCUCUUGCUCUGAAAAUCUGCCUUUUGAUCCAGGAAAGCGUCGAGAAAGGCCGGUUCCUGCCUCCAGCAUGGGAUCGAAAAAGUCCCGAGGAAAAGAGCGGCAUCUAUGCUCAAAGCAUCCUACUGUGGCUGCGCCGUAUUCUAGCCAAAGGUCACCGGCAUAUCAUGAAACCCGAUGAUCUAUACCCGCUAGAAUCCGGACUUGCGACUUCCAAAUUGUCACAAUUGUUUCGUGCAGCCUGGGCAUCGGGAGCGGGACGCAGUCUGGUUAACAGGACCGUCUUAGCUCUUCUGCAAACUCUCAAAUGGUCAUUUUUGGGGCCAGUUAUACCACGGAUCGUCCAGAUAGCUUGUACAAUCUGCCAGCCGCUCUUACUCCGUGAAUUCCUCAACUAUAUCCAAGGUUUCGGGAGCCCCAUGAUCAGUACUGGUUAUGGAUUUAUCGGUGCAUAUGGUCUAGUCUAUCUAUGCCUGGCAAUCUCAACUUGUUGGUACUGGCGCUUGACAUAUAAAGGCCUAGUGAGGAUGCGCGGUUGUCUUGUUGCAGCUAUCUAUGAGAAGACAGUCAACAUCGACGUAGCCCGAUACGACAUGACCGCCCCAGUGGCCUUGAUGAGUACUGAUAUGGAACGUCUUAUUCAAGGCUUCAAAGAUGUUCAUGAGAUCUGGGCCAACACAGUCCAGGUCGCCAUUUCGAUAUGGCUCCUCUACGGAGAACUUGGCAUCGCCUGUGUUGCUCCGGCUGUUGUGACGGUUCUGUCAAGCUGCGGGUCGUUCCUCAUAAGCAAGUACGCCGAGAAAAGCCAGGUCAAAUGGAUGGAAGCGACACAAGAGCGCGUCAGCAAAAUCGGCAAAUGCAUCGGAGACAUGAAGGGCGUCAAGCUCCUCGGACUAUCGACCGGCAUACAUGCAAUGCUCAGAAGCUUGCGGUCGAAGGAACUCGGCGCCGCCCGGCACUUUCGAUAUAUCGAGGUGUUGACAGCCAUCAUUGCAUUUGUUCCACUUUUACUGUCACCUGUUUUCACAUUCAUGGUGUUCUUGCUUCAAUCCAGGAGCUCAGGAACAUCUCUGAAUAGCACGAGUAUAUUCACGUCAUUGUCUUUGCUUCAGCUCAUGAGUCAGCCUCUUGCCAAUCUCUUUCAAUCAAUACCUCAAUUCAUUGCCUCCCUUGGAUGUCUUGGUCGUAUUGGAAGCUACCUCGCCGCUCGGGACAAUCAUAACACACGCAUGAUCACUGCGGGCGGAAUCCAUGGGGACACUGUUUCAUCCGACGAUGUGGCAGCAUACAAAAAGGAAGCCCAGGGCGAAAAUCACAAUGCCAUCACCAUCCGAAAUGGGAAUUUCGGGUGGAUUGAUGCGAAGCCAAUUUUGAGAGAAAUUGAUUUAGACGUCCCUAAGAACAGAUUGACUGUCGUGGUUGGACCUGUGGCCUGUGGGAAAACCACUCUCAGCAAAGCUGUUGUUGGCGAAUUACCUUGGUCAGAGGGUCAAGUUCAUCUCGAAAUCGAAAGUCAAAACAUCGCAUACUGUGACCAGGAACCUUUCCUCAUGAAUGGCUCUCUGCGAGAUAACAUCCUUGGAUUCUCUCAUUUUGACAACAAUUGGUACGAACAUGUAUGCCAGGCGGUCGAUCUCUCCAAAGAUAUUUCGUCAUUCCCGGGUGGCGAUUUGACUCAAGUUGGUAGCAGAGGCGUGGCUUUGAGUGGUGGCCAGCGCCAAAGACUAACCAUAGCACGAGCGGUUUACGCGCGGGCAUCGUUGGCCGUGUUCGAUGAUGUUUUGAGCGGUUUAGAUGCGACGACCAAGGACCAUGUGUUCCAGCACGUGUUUGGACCGCAGGGACUCCUUCGCAAGAUGAACUGUACCGUUCUACUCUUUACGCACGAUAUCUCGGCUCUCCCACAAGCAGACCAUAUCAUCGUCCUAAGCAAAGAUGGACGGAUAGCAGAGAGUGGGACGUACGAAAAAAUGGCCCAAAGCUCGGAAUAUAUCAAAUCAUUGGCUAUUCGAGACAAUAACAACGAUCUUGAUAAGACUACGACAGACACUGUUGGUGUCCCAAAGGAAUUGACUUUUCCGGGUGACGUCCCGGACUUGGACAUGUCAAAUGAUCUCAAAAGGCGCUUAGGCGAUCCCACCAUUUACAAGUACAUGUUCGGCCACAUUGGGCUUUGGAGAAUGCUAGUAUUUGCUGCCUACCAGUGUGGAUGGGCUGUCUUUUCUACAAUUGGGCCGGUAUGGCUCAACUUUUGGGCAAGCGCAAUUGCAUCCGGGGAGGAUCGCAACACGUACUAUAUGGUGGUCUAUUCGGUAUUCCAAACUCUUGGUCUAGUCUUUCUUGCCCUCUUUGCGGGUCACACCUUGAUUUCAAUUGCUGUCAAAUCCGGAUCUGCAUUACAUGAAGUGGCUCUCAACACUUUGAUGCGAGCGCCUCUGUCAUUCUUCAGCACGGUGGAUAUGGGUGUCACACUAAAUCGCUUCUCCCAAGACAUCAUCCUCAUCGACGGGGAACUUCCAUUGGCUCUAUUGGAUACCGUUUCUGCAGGCCUAGUUGCCCUGGUUCAAUUGGUCAUUAUCGCAGUUGCUGCGCCCUACGUAGCCAUCGCCUACCCAUUCCUGCUCCUGCUGCUCUUCGCUAUACAGGGCUUCUACCUCCGCACCUCGCGCCAGCUCCGCUUUCUCGAGCUCGAAGCAAAGGCUCCCUUGUACACACACUUUCUAGAGACUUUACACGGUAUCACUACAAUUCGUUCGUUUGGAUGGGCCAGCGAAAGUCUUGCUUUGAACCAAAAACUAAUCGAUGCGUCACAGCGGCCUUUGUACCUUCUUUACAUGGUACAACGAUGGCUACAGUUGGUUUUGGAGCUUAUGAUUGCCGUCACUGCAGUCGUUCUGAUAGCCGUAGCUGUCCGAUUGAGUUCUUCCACAACAUUCCUCGGUGUGGCUUUGGUCAAUCUUAUGACCAUCAGCGCGGAGCUAAAGAGGAUUGUCAUCAAUUGGACUAACCUGGAGACGUCUAUUGGAGCCAUUGCUCGUACAAAGUCCUUCCAGGAGAGUACAGCAUCCGAAGAAUUGGGAGAAGGGACGGACGUGCCACCCACAGCAUGGCCUCGAACUGGAGAUGUACGUCUAGACUCCAUCUCGGCCAGCUACAAGGCCGACGAAAUGGCAAGCCUAGCAUUUCAAGAUGUAUCGAUCAUGAUCAAGGGUGGUGAGAAGGUUGCAAUCUGUGGACGUAGUGGAAGCGGCAAGAGCUCUCUCGUCUUAGCUCUCGCCCGAAUGCUUGACUUGACCGACGGGUCCAUUUACAUUGACGGGGUCAAUGUCCGCAAUUUACCCCGCAACACUGUCAGGUCCGCACUCAACAUUGUCCCCCAGGACUCGUACUUUUUUUAUGAGAAGGUUUCCCAGAACCUCGACCCAUCUGGCCUUGCAUCGGAUCAGGAUAUGCGGUCAGCGCUCGAGAAGGUUGAGCUGUUGGACUUGAUCGAGACGAACGGUGGUCUUCAUGCCCGGUUUAACGCAGAACUGCUCAGUCAGGGUCAGAAACAGCUUUUCUCAUUGGCGCGAGCCAUGCUCAAGCCGAGUAGGAUUAUCGUGCUGGAUGAAGCAACGAGCAGUGUUGAUAAACACACGGCAAGUAUCAUGCAGCACAUCAUUCGAGAAGAGUUUGCUGUUCAGACCAUCAUAGCAAUCGCGCACCAGCUUGACACCAUCAUGGAUUUCGAUCGAGUGGUGGUUUUAGAUUCUGGCAGAGUUGUAGAGACCGGAUCUCCGCAGGAACUUUUGAAACGGGACUCCAUAUUCAAACGCCUAUGCCAGUUACAAGGAAUCUAG